AUGGCGGGUCCGAUCCGACAAACCAUAGACAUCAAGUCGCUCGAGAACUACCUAGAGAAACAUGUACCAGAAAUAAAGACACCACUCGACGUUAAGCAGUUCGGAUACGGCCAAUCGAACCCGACGUAUCUCCUGACAUCCUCUGACAAACAGCAAUACGUGCUACGCAAAAAGCCCCCAGGAAAGUUGCUAUCGAAGACAGCACACAAGGUCGAACGAGAAUACCGAAUUUUGCAUGCCUUGGAGACGACCGAUGUUCCAGUACCAAAAACAUAUUGUCUGUGCGAGGAUGAUUCUGUCGUUGGCACAGCUUUCUACAUCAUGGAAUUUCUGGAUGGUAGGAUUAUUGAAGACCCCUGCCUGCCAGAUGUCAGCCCGGAGCACAGGAACGAAAUGUGGCGGUCUGCAGUCACCACCUUGGCCAAGUUCCAUCGAGUUUCUCCAGCUUCAGUGAAUCUAGCAUCUUACGGAAAAGCGAAUGGCUUCUACAAUCGCCAACUUGCGACCUUCAACACCAUUCAGGAUGCGCAAGCAAAGGCUGUGGACAUUGAAUCAAACGAACCAGUAGGAAAGAUUCCACAUUUCGAUGACAUGGUCGCUUUCUUCGGCGACAAAGACACCCAGCCGCAGGAUCGUAGUAGCUUUGUCCACGGGGACUACAAGAUCGACAACGUGGUCUUUCACAAGACUGAACCGAGAGUCAUUGGAAUCCUAGACUGGGAGAUGUCAACGAUAGGCCAUCCACUUUCCGACUUGAGCAACCUGCUUACUCCAUUCACCACUGCCGAUUCUCCAGUAGCUCGAUCGAUUGGAAGAGGGAGCGAAACAUUCCUUCCAGGUAACACACCAGGUCUACCAACAAAGCAGCAGUGUAUCGAUUGGUAUAGACAAGUGGCUGGAUGGGAUCCACGACCAGAUAUGACAUGGGGUGAAGCAUUCGGCAUCUAUCGCGGCAGUAUCAUCAUGCAAGGCAUUGCGGCGAGAUAUGCUCUCAGGCAAGCGAGCAGCGCCCGCGCGCAGGAGUACGCUGUACAGAUGCGACCUUUUGCUACGGUAGGCUGGGAUCUGGUCCAGCAGUGUCAGAGAGAACGAGUCAAGCAGGGUACGAAGGCCAAGCUGUAG